AUGGAGAACUCAUCACACGAGGAGUUACUCGAAGCUCAGUCACAGAUAUGGCGGUGGACGUUCAGCCACCUGAUCUCCAUGUCCAUCAAAUGCGCCAUCCACCUCCGCAUCCCCGACGCCGUCCACCAACACGGCAACCCCGCCGCCUCACUUUCCCACCUCAUCUCCGCCCUCCGAAUCCCGCCACCGAAAACCCACGCUUUCCGGUGCAUGAUGCGGGUCCUCAGCACCCGCUCCACCGCCUUCUUCUCCCUCCACACACAAGAAGAAGAAGAGAUGUACGCCUUGACUCCGGCCAGCCGGCUGCUGCUCAGCCGCGAGCCUCUCAACCAGGCGUCGCUGCCGCUGCUUAACUUCCAUCCGGCGGUGAGGGACUACUGCUCCGUCCUCAACACUUGGCUCCUCGAGGAAGACGACGAGGAUGGGAACAUUGAUAAUAAUAAUAAGCCCACCGCAUUCGAGGUUGUAAACGGGACGUCGUUUUGGGACUACGUGGCUGGCUCUUCGGCUCCGGGACAGGAGCUGAAGGGGCUGUUCUACGACUGCAUGGUGAGCGACUCCAAACUGGUGGCGGAUGCUCUUGUUUCGGCUGCCGGCGUCAAGGAGGAGGAGGCGUCGCCGCUCACGUCGUUGUUGUUUCGGGGGGUGAGGACGUUGGUGGACGUGGCGGGGGGAACGGGAGUUUUCGCGGCGGCCGUGGCGGAAGCGUUUCCGGAGAUGAAGUGCGUCGUUUUGGAUCUUCCGCACGUGGUGGAGGGAUUGCCGGCGGCGGCGGCGGGACCCGGCCACCCUGAGAAUUUGGAGUUCAUGGGAGGAGAUAUGUUCGAGAGGGUUCCCUCGGCUGAUGCCAUCUUCCUUAAGUGGAUCCUACACAAUUGGGAUGAUGAGUCAUGUGUGAAGAUAUUGAAGUGUUGUAAAGAAGCGGCGGUGUCCGCCGGCGACGACGACGAGGGAAAGAAAGGGAAGGUGAUAAUAGUAGAUAUUGUGAUGUCGGAAGUUGGGAGUGCCGACGACGAUUUGUCUCGUGAAAUCCAACUCUGCUUCGAUCUGAUGAUGGCGACAAUGGUAAAUGGCAAGGAGCGGAAUGAAAGAGAAUGGAAGAAACUAUUUGAGGCGGCUGGUUAUAGUAGCUAUAAGAUCGUUGGCAAGAUCGGUCCAAGAUCCAUCAUUGAAGUUUAUCCUUGA